AUGACUUCGGACCCGCAGAGGCCGGCAGCAUCAUCAACACAACGCACCAAGGAAGCUAAAGACGCAUUCACGGCUUCGCUCAAUUCUGUCGGCGCCAGCAUCGACGCGGAGCUGCAGGCCCGAGCCAAGAACAUCCACGCCAACGCGAAGGCUCUGACCAAGCAGGAAGACGACUUGAGAAAGGAGACCAAAAGUCUUGCGAAAGAAAACGAUUCUCUCCAAAAACUGCUAGAGAAGACGAAGAAGGAAUUCAAGGGGCUUGAUGAUCUAGACGACAUCAUGGCAAACCUCGAUGCGGAUAUGGCAAUGAUCGAGGAGACUUUGAGGCUUGCAGAGGAGGAGGAAGAGGAGGAGGGGCAGGUUGCAGAACGGAAAGCGGGAGAGCAUCCGCCUUCUGGACGAUAA